UCGGAGCUCGUAAUCCCUGGUAUAGAGAGACUCCAUCCUUGGUUUACGACUUAACGCGUCAUCAUGGUAACACUGGCUGGAGCCAAACUUUGAUAUCUCUGAGCGGGAAAACAUGGUCCCUCAAGAUGCUAUUACAAGCCCACCUGCGAAUCACAGUCUCACUCUCCUCCAAGUCUGUCCGUCUUCUUCUUCUUCGGUUCCAUUGCGCCUCUGUCUACAAAUCACAGUCUUUUUCGUCUUCUUCUUGCUCUCCAUGGUUCCCAAUCCUCAGAACCUCCAUUACCAAGAACGACUUACGCCUCGGCAAAUGCGUACAUGCACGCAUCAUAACCUCUGGCCAAAUUGGCGAUUGUUUCCUCACCAACAACCUCAUCAAUAUGUACUCCAAAUGCGGCUCUCUGUACUAUGCUCGCCACCUGUUUGACCAAUGUCCUGAUCGAGAUUUAAUCACUUGGAACUCAAUCCUUGCUGGGUAUGCCCUCUCUGCUGAAACCGACGGUGGUAAAGUUGAAGAUGGCUUCCAACUUUUCCGCCUUAUGCGCAAGUCUGUUGUGCAGCCUAGUCGGCUCACCUUAGCGCCAGUUCUAAAGCUCAGCUUACAAUCGGGUAUUAUUAGUGCUUCGGAAGUGAUUCACAGUUUUGCGGUGAAAACUGGGUUGGAAUGGGAUGUGUUUGUUUCGGGAGCUCUUGUUAAUAUUUAUUCAAAGUUUGGACGAGCUAGGGAUGCGCGUCUUUUGUUUGAUGCGAUGCCCGAAAGAGAUGUGGUGUUGUGGAAUGUCAUGCUUAAGGCGUUUGUGCAAUUGGGUCUUGAAGCAGAAGCAUUUAUGCUCUUCUCUGAAUUUCACCGGAGUGGAUUACGUCCUGAUGAUGUGAGUGUUCGUUGUGUUCUUGGUGGGGCUUCGGAAGUUGAUUCCAUAGAAGUUAAGAGGAAUGUGGAGCAAGUUCAAGCUUAUGCAAUUAAGAUGUGUUUAUUAGAUGAUAAAUCUGAUGUAAUUGUGUGGAACAAAACCAUUUCACAGUAUUCCCAGGUUGGUGAAUAUUGGGCGGCUGUUGAAUGCUUUGUGGAGCUUAAGAGGUCAAAUGUUGAAUGUGACAAUGUGACAUUUGUUGUAGUUCUUUGUGCAAUUGCAGGUAUUAAUGACUUGCAGUUGGGGGAACAGAUCCAUGGCAUGGUUGUGAAAACGGGAUUUGAUUCAGAAAUUUAUGUUGCAAACAGUCUCAUUAACAUGUAUGCUAAGAUUGGUUACUUGGAUUAUUCAAGAACAAUCUUUGAGGAAAUGGAACAGUUGGACUUAGUUUCAUGGAACUCGAUGAUAUCUAAUUGUGUACUGGGUGGAUUGGAGGAGGAAUCAGUGAUCCUUUUCUUGGGUCUAUUACGUGAUGGCCAAAGACCAGAUCAAUUUACUUUGGCAAGUGUUCUUCGGGCCUGUUCUGUAGUCCGUGAAGGUGCUCACCUUGGUAAACAAGUUCAUGUUCACGCAGUGAAAACGGGAAAUAUAGAAGAUGAUUUUGUUUUUACUGCACUUAUUGAUGCUUAUGCUAAGUGUGGAUGUAUGGAAGACGCAGAGGUGCUCUUUAAUAAGGCAUAUGACUUUGACUUGGCUGCCUGCAAUGCAUUGAUGGCAGGGUAUAUAACAAACCAAGAUGGUCUUAAGGCAUUAAAUCUCUUUUAUUUGAUGCAAAAGCUUGAACAAAAGCCAAAUCAGUUCACAUUAGCAACAGUGAUCAAGGCUUGUGGUUCCAUGGUGGUGUUGAAGCAAGGAAGACAAAUUCAUGCCCAUUCAAUAAAAGUUGGUUUUGAUUCAGAUUUAUGUGUUAGUAGUGGAAUUCUUGACAUGUAUAUUAAAUGUGGUGAUACAAGGGAUGCAUUUGUGGUUUUUGAUGGUAUCUCUAAGCCUGAUGAUGUUGCAUGGACAGCCAUGAUCUCAGGAUGUGUGGAUAACGGGGAUGACGAUCAUGCUCUAUGGCUUUACCAUCGGAUGAGGCACUCUGGAAUCCCACCGGAUGAAUUUACCUUUGCAACUCUAAUCAAAGCGUGUUCUUGCUUGACAGCAUUGGAACAAGGUAGGCAAAUCCAUGCAAACGUGAUUAAGUUGGAGUGUGUUACAGAUCCAUUUGUUGGGACUUCAAUAGUGGACAUGUAUGCGAAGUGUGGAAGCAUAAAGGAUGCAUACCAGUUAUUCGAGAUGAUGGAUGUGAGGAACAUUGCCUCAUGGAAUGCCAUGGUUGUGGGUUUAGCUCAACAUGGAAAUGGCAAAGAGGCUUUGAAUCUUUUUGAAAAGAUGAGCUUAUUUGGCAUCAUACCUGACCGUAUCACAUUUAUUGGAGUGCUUUCAGCUUGCAGUCAUUCGGGUCUAGUUUCCGAAGCUUAUGAACACUUUGAAUCAAUGUACAAAAGUUAUGGUAUUGAACCAGAGCUUGAGCAUUAUUCUUGCCUAGUCGAUGUUCUUGGUCGGGCAGGGCUUGUCAAUGAGGCAAAGAAGGUGAUUGAAUCAAUGCCUUUUGACGCUUCUGCAUCAAUGUAUAGAGCCCUACUUGGUGCUUGUAGGGUUCAAGGGGAUGCAGAAACCGCAAAGCAGGUGGCAAGUAGACUUUUGGCUUUAGAGCCACUUGACUCUUCAGCGUAUGUUCUUAUGUCUAACAUCUAUGCUGCCGCAAACAGAUGGGAUGAUGUAUCUGAUGCUAGGAAGAUGAUGAAGACAAGGAAUGUGAAGAAAGAUCCAGGAUAUAGUUGGAUUGAUGUGAAGAACAAUUUACAUCUGUUUGUUGUGGAUGAUAAAUCACAUCCACAAACAGAUAGAAUAUAUGAGAAGUUGGAUGAUUUGAUAAGAAUGAUCAGAGAGGAGGGAUACAUCCCUGAUACAGAUUUCGUACUGUUUGAUGUGGAGGAUGAGGAAAAGGAACGCUCUCUUUAUUACCACAGUGAGAAGCUGGCAAUUGCUUAUGGGCUCAUAAGUACUCCUCCAUCUACAACAAUUCGAGUUAUUAAAAACCUCCGUGUAUGUGGGGACUGCCAUAAUGCAAUCAAAUAUAUUUCAAAGGCUGUUGAACGUGAGAUUGUUUUGAGGGAUGCUAAUCGUUUCCAUUGUUUUAAGGAUGGAAACUGCUCAUGUGGUGAUUACUGGUAAUAUUGGAAUUGUUUCUUUACUUCUUUCUAUUUCCUAUUAAUAUUAUUGUCAUUAAAUUUUUUUUUCUUUUUUUUACAAAAUGGUAUUUCAAUUGUUGUAUAAUGCCAUUAAAUCCAUAGCGAACUUUGUAGUUGUGAGGCACAACUUUUUGUCCUCUUUUCUUAAUUGAUUUUAAUCAUGAGAUUUCAAUAGGUCAACCUAUUUUUUGAUAGAUCA